GUGAGAUGGGAGCGGGAUGAUACAAAUGCCGAACUAGAUACAGCGCACUUUCAGAGCAUGCUGAAGAACCUCGAUACUGAUCCAGCUGAGGUUUUGGUUCUUGGUUCUGACGAUAAAUACCCUGCAUACACCGUGAAAAGGACCUGGCUCAAUUUUACAGCGAAAGCGAGACUCAACACCGAACGCGACUUGAUAAUCUUCCAUUAUGCAGGCUACGGAACAACCAAGAAUGGGUCUUUCCACAUUGCGGAUACCACGAGCGAAUCAAAUACAGUUAACUUCCAAAGUGAUAUCCUUGAAGAGCUCAAGGACCCGACCAAAUUCUCAGAUUAUUGUAAUACUGAUAUCCUGUUCAUCCUUGAUUGCUGCUAUUCUCAUUACACAACCCGAGCAUUAAAGACUACUCGCAAUGUUAUUGAGAUUCUUGCAGCAACAAGCUCCCAGACAGUCACAGCAAGAUCCGCACCAAAUAACACCUUCACUGCAAAACUGGCUAACGAAAUCGCUCGAAGGAAGAGUGCGAAUCAUGAGAGUAUGGAAUUUGCCAGCGUGUUUGAAAGCCUUCUCACCCGAUCAGGGACUACCCGAUUAGGGACUAUAGAGAGACCCACGCAUGACUUGCUCGUUGGUGCAGCUUCAGUCAAUAUACCACUCAACGGACAUAGAAUGGUGGUAGACCCGCGAACUAUUCCCGCGGAUUUCUCGGCGCUUUUCGCUGUUAAUAUCUCAGGGCAUGUCACGCAUCAAGAGCUAAAAGAGCUCACCACAUGGAUGCGGAGCCUGCCACCGUUUGCGGGAUUGAAGAUAGAG